UUUGAUGAGGCAUUGCACAGAGACCUAGCAGACUUCCGGAUCCAGCACCCAGACUUGAUCCUGCUACAGUACGUGGAUGACUUACUGCUGGCCGCUACUUCCGAACUAGACUGCCAACAAGGUACUCGGGCCCUUCUACAAACCCUAGGGGACCUCGGAUACCGGGCCUCGGCCAAGAAAGCCCAAAUCUGCCAGAAACAGGUUAAAUACCUGGGGUACCUUCUGAGGGAGGGUCAGAGAUGGCUGACUGAGGCUAGAAAAGAGACUGUGAUGGGGCAACCCGUUCCAAAGACUCCUCGACAACUAAGGGAGUUCCUAGGGACGGCAGGCUUCUGCCGCCUCUGGAUCCCUGGGUUUGCGGAAAUGGCGGCCCCCUUGUAUCCUCUUACCAAAACGGGGACUCUGUUUAAUUGGGGCCCAGACCAGCAAAAGGCCUAUCAAGAAAUCAAACAGGCCCUUCUAACUGCCCCCGCCCUGGGAUUGCCAGAUUUGACUAAGCCCUUUGAACUCUUUGUCGACGAGAAGCAGGGCUACGCCAAAGGCGUCCUAACGCAAAAACUGGGACCUUGGCGUCGGCCUGUGGCCUACCUGUCCAAAAAGCUAGACCCAGUGGCAGCCGGGUGGCCCCCUUGCCUACGGAUGGUAGCAGCCAUUGCCGUUCUGACAAAAGAUGCAGGCAAGCUAACUAUGGGACAGCCGCUAGUCAUCCUGGCCCCCCAUGCAGUAGAGGCACUGGUCAAGCAACCCCCUGACCGCUGGCUAUCCAACGCCCGCAUGACCCACUACCAGGCAAUGCUCCUAGACACUGACCGAGUUCAGUUCGGACCAGUGGUGGCCCUCAAUCCUGCCACCUUGCUCCCUCUACCGGAAAAAGGAGCCCCCCAUGAUUGCCUCGAGAUCUUGGCUGAAACGCAUGGAACCAGACCGGAUCUCACCGACCAGCCCAUCCCAGACGCCGACCACACCUGGUAUACCGAUGGGAGCAGCUUUCUGCAAGAAGGACAGCGAAAGGCUGGGGCAGCAGUGACGACUGAAACCGAGGUAAUCUGGGCGAGGGCCCUGCCAGCUGGAACGUCAGCCCAGCGAGCCGAACUGAUCGCACUCACCCAAGCCCUGAAAAUGGCAGAAGGUAAGAAGCUAAAUGUUUACACUGAUAGCCGCUAUGCCUUCGCUACGGCCCAUGUUCAUGGGGAAAUAUAUAGGAGACGGGGGUUGCUGACCUCAGAAGGCAAGGAAAUCAAGAACAAAAGCGAGAUCCUAGCCUUGCUGAAAGCCCUCUUUUUGCCAAAGAGACUCAGUAUUAUCCAUUGCCCAGGACAUCAGAAAGGAGACAGUGCCGAAGCCAGAGGCAACCGUAUGGCAGACCAGGCGGCCCGAGAGGCAGCCACAAAAACAGUUCCAGAAGCCUCUACACUCCUUAUAGAGGACUCGACCCCGUACACGCCUGCCUAUCUCCAUUACACCGAAACAGAUCUAAAAAGAUUGCGAGAACUGGGGGCCACCUAUAAUCAGAUAAAAGGAUAUUGGGUCCUACAAGGCAAGCCGGUGAUGCCCGAUCAGUUUGUGUUUGAAUUAUUAGACUCCCUUCAUAGACUCACCCAUCUCAGCCCUCAAAAGAUGAAGGCGCUCCUUGACAGAGAAGAAAGCCCCUACUACAUGUUAAACAGGGACAGAACUCUUCAGUAUGUGGCAGAAUCCUGCACAGUCUGUGCUCAAGUAAAUGCUAGUAAAGCCAAAAUCGGGGCAGGGGUACGAGUACGCGGACAUCGACCAGGUACCCAUUGGGAAAUUGACUUCACUGAAGUUAAACCAGGGCUGUACGGGUACAAGUACCUCCUGGUGUUCGUAGACACCUUCUCUGGCUGGGUGGAAGCCUUCCCAACUAAACGUGAAACUGCCAAGGUUGUGACCAAGAAGCUAUUAGAAGAAAUAUUCCCAAGAUUCGGGAUGCCACAGGUAUUGGGUUCCGAUAAUGGGCCUGCCUUCGUCUCCCAGGUAAGUCAGUCGGUGGCCGAUUUACUGGGGAUCGAUUGGAAAUUACAUUGUGCUUAUAGACCCCAGAGUUCAGGUCAGGUAGAAAGAAUGAAUAGAACCAUCAAGGAGACUCUAACUAAAUUAACGCUUGCAGCUGGCACUAGAGACUGGGUACUCCUACUCCCCUUAGCCCUCUACCGAGCCCGGAACACUCCGGGCCCCCAUGGACUGACUCCGUAUGAAAUUCUGUAUGGGGCACCCCCGCCCCUUGUCAAUUUUCAUGAUCCUGAAAUGUCAAAGUUAACUAAUAGUCCCUCUCUCCAAGCUCACUUACAGGCCCUCCAAGCAGUACAACGAGAGGUCUGGAAGCCGCUGGCCGCUGCUUAUCAGGACCAGCUAGAUCAGCCAGUGAUACCACACCCCUUCCGUGUCGGUGACGCCGUGUGGGUACGCCGGCACCAGACUAAGAACUUGGAACCUCGCUGGAAAGGACCCUACACCGUCCUGCUGACCACCCCCACCGCUCUCAAAGUAAAAUUGUUCGAAUCAGGACAAGGGUGGUUUGAGGGACUGUUUAACAGGUCCCCAUGGUUCACGACCCUGAUAUCCACCAUUAUGGGCCCUCUGAUAGUACUUUUAUUAAUCCUACUCCUCGGACCCUGCAUUCUCAACCGCUUGGUCCAGUUUGUAAAAGACAGAAUUUCGGUGGUGCAGGCCCUGGUUCUGACCCAACAGUAUCACCAACUCAAAUCAAUAGAUCCAGAAGAAGUAGAAUCGCGUGAAUAAAAGAUUUUAUUCAGUUUCCAGAAAGAGGGGGGAAUGAAAGACCCCACCAUAAGGCUUAGCAAGCUAGCUGCAGUAACGCCAUUUUGCAAGGCAUGAAAAAGUACCAGAGCUGAGUUCUCAAAAGUCACAAGGAAGUUUAGUUAAA